UGUAGUUUCCCGCCAAGGAACAGCUUUAGUAGGGCCAUUCUCGUAUGGCGCAGAUAACCGAUACUUGUGUUUAAUUUGUCCAUAUUAUUUUAAAGUAAUUGUUCAUAAUAUUCUCCGUGCAAAAUGGGAGAGUCGGAAGAUAUGGAGGAUUCAACUUACAGUAGACAUCAAGAUUUAUGUCAGAAAUUAAAUAUGGAUGCAACUGCUGCUUCGGAAGCUUGGAGAUCUUACGAAACUAUUCGACAAAAUUAUACGUUAGAGGGUGAUCAGCUUCAUUGGAUAGGAUGCGCUUUAUAUGUAGCAUGCAGAAAAUCUUCUACACCAAUGGUUGGAAGAACAGGUAGUAGUGUAGAAGGAAAUUGUGUAUCUUUAACUCGUCUUCUACAAUUAUGCAAUCUACCAUUAAUACAGUUUUUUACAAAAAGCAAGUCUUGGGCAGAUAUGGCUAAUAUGCCUCAAGAUUUCCGAGAAAAGAUUGAAAAACUAGAAGGGAACUUUUCAGUUUCUAUGGUGAUUUUUAAAAAGUAUCAGCCAAUUUUUACGGACAUAUUUAAAGAUCCAUCUGAUGACAUUUUAAGACCAUCUAGAUCAAGAAGAAAUAAAACUUAUCCUUGUACGCCAUCUAGAGUUUUUGAAUUUUGUUGGACGUUAUUUAUUUGUAUAAAAGGAGCUUUCCCUGAUAUUUCUGAUGAUUUAGUUAAUUCUUAUCACUUACUUUUGGCUUGUUGUGACCUUAUAUAUGCCAAUGCUUUGAUAGCAAAUAGGAAAGAUCUUCUGAAUCCUAAUUUUCCUGGUUUACCAUCAAAUUUUAAUGACGAAAAUUAUAUACCACCACAAAAUCCAAAUUGUAUUAUUAACUUGUUAUGUGAGCGUCAUGAAGCUGUUUCUGUUGAAGCUAAAUGUAUCAAAGAAUAUCACUUGAAGAAUCACGUUAAUAAAUUAUUUAAUGAGAGAAUUCUUCGUGGAGAUCCAUCAAAUUUUUCUGGUAUUCUAGAAGCUUUGAAUUUUGAUGGCAAUAGCAAAGCUGUCAAUAAAGCAUAUGAGCAACAUGUAUUGAGUAUUGGAGACUUUGAUGAAAGAAUAUUUCUAGCAGAGUGGAGGCGAGUGAGGCUAGGCGGAAUAUCAAGCUUGGAAAUAGUUGGAGGAGAUAUUGUUUGUCGUACUAAAUUUGCAAAACCUAUGCCUGUGAAAGGUCAAGAUGCUGGUGACAAUAUUGGCUCACCCGCACAGAGUAGUAGUAGUAGCGAUGUUCAUGAUCAAUUUCAGUCAAAACGAGAUCAUUAUGCAGGGCAAAUACAACAUCUAGCUCCUCCAACUCCAUUAACAGGUCGCAAAUACCUCAAACCAAAGGAUGUAUCAAAUGUAACACCAGUCUUUACUGCUACUCAAAGUGUAAUCCGACUCCAGGCCAUGUUAGCUGGUCAGUCUUCACCAAGCACGAAUUUAUUACAAAUAUUUAAUAAUUGCACCCAAGAUGUCAGAACAUUUGUAACAACGAAAGUAAAAGAGAUAGGUGAAUUAUUUUGUGCUAAUUACACCAAAAGUUCAGAUACUAGUGAAAGUUCGACUCUAGAUUUUGGAAGAAAACGUCUUUAUUUAGGACAAACUCUCUUCUAUAAAUUUUUAGAAAUGAUUCUUAAUGAUGAAAAACGUAAAAAGCCUAAUUAUGAUAUUACAAAUUUACUUAUGAACGAAAGAUUUAUACGAUGUUUAUUCGCUUGCUGCUUAGAAAUAGUUAUUUACUCGUAUAAAAGUAACGAUAAAGUGUUUCCAUGGAUAUUAAAGGCCUUGGAUUUAGAAGCUUAUUAUUUCUACAAAGUUAUAGAAAUCAUAGUACGAGCGGAAGAACAAUUACCACGUGAUGUUGUAAAACAUCUAAGCCAAAUAGAAGAAAGAAUAUUAGAAGCCCUAGCUUGGCAAAAAAAUAGUCCAUUAUGGCAGGCCAUUGAAUCUACCAUUGGUGAAGUACCUAGUUGUGAAGACGUUUCUCUACCUGGUACAUUAGAAACAGUUGAUCCAAAUACUGCAGGACAACCAGUAAAGAGAAUUGCUUUAGAUCGUGGACCUAACCAUGAUAUACAACAAAGUCCAAUUUCUUCUGCAUCCGAAAGAUUUCAAUCGCCAAUAACGACAUCAGGCGUAGCUAAAAAACGUUUAUUUCCUGAUACGAGAACUAGCGGGCAGAGUGUUUUACGUGUAUCUUCUAAAGUCGUAUUUGAUGGUAAUUCUCGAAUACUUCUAGCAUUACCUGAUCAACUUACAGUGCCAAGGACAUCUGCUUCACAGACAACAACUAAUUUAUCACAAAUCACAUCAGUUACUAAAGAAGUUGGAAAACCAAAAAAAACCGGCUCCGUUGCCUUAUUUUUUAGAAAAUUCUAUAAUCUCGCAUGUGUACGUAUGCAGGAUCUCUGUAAUUCCUUAGAUAUUACAGAUGUAGAUUUACAGAAAAAAAUAUGGACAAUCUUUGAAUAUUCGAUAAAGGAACGCACGGAGUUAAUGAGAGAUCGACACCUCGAUCAAAUUCUUAUGUGUGCAGUUUAUGUGAUAUGUAAAUUAGUUAAGAUGGAGAAAAAUUCUUUUACCGAAAUCAUGCGAUGUUAUCGUUUACAACCACAAGCAGAGUCUCACAUAUAUAGGUCAGUACUUAUUUGCAAGGGACCGCAAGAAAUAAAAUCAAAUGUUGAAGCAUCAGGAAGUAAUGAAGUUCCAGCCGAUGAGGAAGCUAAUGUGGCACCACCAACACCGACAAAUAUGGCAGGAACAUCGCAAGAUUUUGGAACGGAAAGACGUGGAGAUCUAAUUAAAUUCUAUAAUACAGUAUAUGUGCCACAAGUUAAGGAAGUUGCAAAUAAAUUAGGAUUGGCACGUGGAAGUACUCAAACUCUUACUCUAAGCCCAUUACCUAAAAGUAAAGUUCGUGCUAAUUCUCCAGUGAGACGUGUUACAGACAGUAUUUUGACACGUACGCUUGAUCCAAAAGCAAUCAGUGCAUCUCCUGCGCCACAAUUAAGCUAUUGUUUUAGUCGCAGUCCAGCUAAGGACUUAGAAGCUAUUAAUAAAAUGAUGAUUUCUGUAAGUGCAAAAAAAAGCGUCGGGAAACGACUUUUGUCAGACGAUACUACAGAUGUAGAAAUGGUAGAGGGACCCUCUCCGAUAAAAAAGUCAACGACCGUUGUCAGAAAACUAGAAAACAUUAUGGACGAGCGCCGUACAAAAAACCAAUAAUUAAACUUCGUUUAGUUCGAAAUAAUCUUUACAAUUUAAGUGAGAGUAUACAAAGUGAAAAUUCGAAGAGAAGUUCUUUUGUAAAAUUUUAUUUUUAUAGAUUAAGUUAAUAGAUCGGAGAUAUUAUGAUUAACAGAUUUAUUAUCUUUUUUUUUGAUCUGAUAUUGUGACUUCUGUUAAUCAAAUUUGAAAAAUCUAUGAACAAAGAAAAAAAGAAUGAACGUCAGAUAUAUGCAUCAAUAACGUAACACAUAUGUCAUAUGUUGCUUUUAAGAGAGAUAAGUGUCAUUUGUCACUAUCAAAUUAAAGCUAUUAAAAAAGGUGCAAUAGUAGUUACUGCUAUACCAAUACAGAGAAGAUUGAAAUGCAAUAUCUGUUUUUGGCUAUGUAGUAAGAAAUAAAUUAUCUUUUGUCAGAUAAUAUCAUCAGGAAUAAAAACAAAAAUUUUUCAAUCUAAUGUAUGGAAUCAUUUUUUUUGUUUUUUUUUUUUUUACUUUUUUACUUUUGUUCAACUUUAACAAACUUUUCAAUUUUGCAUGUUACGCAAAAUACAGUUCGUACAUUCAUCAUAUAUGAAAUUUUUUAAAAUAGAACUACUGUCAUUAAUUUCGAAUGUUCAUAGUUCAUUAAACGAUUGUGUAAUUACACGAUUAUGAUUUUUAAGAUAUUUUCUAUAUCACAAAAUAUUGUAGUUGUGCCGUUAGCAUUUUAUAAUAAUUUUAAGAAAGUAUCAUCUUCAUCUCUGUAUUGAUAUCCAAAAAGAUGCAUGCUUUCAUUCAUAGUAAUAGAAAAACUAAUAACUCUUGCUUGUUAAAAAUCAAGUAAGAAUGAAAAUAUUUUUCUACAGAAACUACGAUAUAUUAUUAUUCGACGAAUUAUGUUGUUAUAUGACUUCUCAUCGAUAUCAAAAAUUAGUAUAAAUAGGGCUUUGUCAUUUACAUCUCAUAAUAGUCAUUAUUUGUUAUUGUCAAUACUAUUGACUAAUUAUACUUUGACUGAACAAUUUGUUAUCUUUACUUAGAUAAACGUCGUACAUCUAAAUUUAUAUAACUGUUACUUGCUUUAGCUAUGUAAAAUUGUAAUAUUAAUUUUACCAAAAUAUUUGAGCAUAUCAAGAAUAAGACAAAUCGAGUUAUAUAUAUAUAUAUACACACACACACGGGUGUGUGCGCGCGCGUAUAUUAUGUAUGUAUGUAUGUGUGUAUGUAUGUAUGUAUGCGUGUAUCUUGGCUACUUGACGCGCGUGCGCGCAUAUGUGUUGUUUGAUAUAUAUAUAUAUAUAUAAUUAAUAUAUAUAUAAUUAAUAUAUAUAUAAUUAAGAUAUAUAUAUAUAUAAUUAAUAUAUAUAUAUAAUUUGACUAAUAUACAUUUACAUUUAUUUUCUUUUAGGCGUAAGUAUCAAUUUAAAUUGAUUGUUUCAAAAUUAAAUAAUUAUAAUUUUUACUACCAAUGUACUUUCAGUUUGGAGUGUCGUAAGUUAGAUAAUUAUUAUGUAUACUAUGAAAUUUAGUCUAUUUUGUCGAUUAAACUCCAAACGGUUCUCCAUUAUCUUUUUUUUUCUUUUUUUUUUUUUUUUAAUUUUAUUUAGUUCUAAGCAUUUUCAAAUUUGACAACUUGAUCUCAUGAGCCUGUCAUUUAAUAUUAAAUAUAAGGUAUAUAGAACACAAGUUGUAAGAUACAAAAAAUUAACAAAAAUUGUAAAAAAUCGUUUCUUCAACUACGAAAAAGUUUGUAAUUUAAGUUAGAAAUGAAAUGCCUUAAUUUGAAUAUAAUGUUUAAUUUUUAGUAAAACAAAUUUUUAAUAUGCGCAAAGAUCACUCAAUGUAUGUAAACUUAAGAGAGGGAAACUACUAUCUGGAAACAAAUAUUAAUGUGCGUGUUACUUUCUGUCAUAUUUCUGGUAUAGUUUCUAUUUACAAGCUUUGAGAAUGAAAAAAAAUGAUAAUAUAUUUGAUUUAUAAAUAUAAUGCACGCUAUCUGCGAUUUUGUUACAGCGAUUAUGACAGUUCCUUCAACCAUUUUUUAAGUGCUGUACAAAUUCAACAUUCUAUUAAUCAUAACUUUUAAUAUAUAUGUACAUAUAUAAUAUUCUAUCAAGUAAAUUAGUUUAAAAAGAU